AUGCCUUGCCACGUCUACUCUCAAUCAAUGAUCCUCGUCGUCUCCCACACAUCAUCCACCACACAUCCCAAUGGCGUACUACAAGCAGCCAACGGAGACACUGGCAAGGACCCGGGCUACAUCGUCUUGAACAAUGGCGACACCGGAAAGGACCCCGGCACUCGCGAGCCAGAGAGUGAACACAUCAACACUCUCCUCUCCGCAUGUUGCGGCGACCGUUCGUCUUCAAUGGCUUAA